UAGACUGGGGGAUGCAGUUUACAUAUCAGCAUUCAGAAUCGGUUUUCCAAGCGCCCGCUAGAGGAAGACAACCGCCUCCUCCAGACCAGAUGGUGGCAGUAAGUAAUGCUGCUUUGCCUUGUCAAGCGGCAACAAACCCGGAGGAAGGACGCGGGCAAUUUACUACUGCAUUUGGUGCAUUAUUAUGUCACAGUCAGCGAUGCCUUCAGCCCCGGACUCCCCAUCUCUGAGCGUGACCGUCAGCGGGAAUGUGCAGAAAUACAACAUCAAGAAGAAAAAGGUCUUAAAUGCGGAGGAGACUGAGCUGUUCGAGCUCACUCAGGCUGCUGGGAUAGUCAUGGACCAAGAAGUUUUCAAAAUCAUAUUGGACCUGUUAAAGAUGAACGUUGCUCCUCUGGCAGUCUUUCAGACCUUAAAGACCAUGUGUGCGGGGCAGAAGGUCUCUGAAACAUCCACUGGUGACACAUCCACUUCGUCCCACACUGCCACUGCACCUUCAGAGUCUAGAGAAGAGGAGGGUGUGGUCUCAGGAAAGAGCACUAAAACUGUAGCACCUCCCUCUGCGUCUGUGUCCCGCCCACCUAGGGGAGGGGCUAAGAUAGUGGUCUACAGUGCGGGUGACACGAGUGCUCCCAUCUCUCAAGUACGCAGUAAAACAAGUUCAGGGCAGGGGGAGAAAACUGCAAGAGAUGGUUCAAGCCAGCGGGUGCCACGGCAGGUCAGCGCCACCAGGGGGCAGAAGAGCGCCAAGAGCUCAGGCAGCAGCAGCUCGUCUUCUCAGCUCACCUCCAACUGAAGGUCUCCGUCAAUUAAACAACACAUACUAAGCUUGCUGAAAAUAAGCGCUUUUUUUUGUUGGAGAAGGUUCCUGUAGAAACUGCAAAAACUUUUGCACUGUAAACAAAACAGUUAAGUUGUUUUAGGGAUCUCCUUCGGGAUGUCUUCAGUGUUUCUUUGAAAACUUCUUUGCAUUAAAUUUGCAUCUAGCCCAGAGAGACUAUAGCUGAAGUAUGCCAUAUUUUCCACGGUUUAUUUUACACUUUCACACCAAAACCAUUAGAGGAAAACACAGAAAAUCUUUUGCUAUCUUUAUACCAUCCAUUUUCUCAAAUCCAGCAGCUUGGGGCUGCUGUGAAACACAUCUGUCUUAAACCGUGCUUGUGUAAAACACUCAACAUUGUCUUUAUAGACUGUGAUGUAUAUAUGGACUUUAUUUUCUAUUAUUUUCAAAUGUGAAAUGUGCUUUUUUUAUGCAUUCUUUUUAUUGCAUCUCCAAUAUGGAGUCUUUAAAACAGUUAUUGUAUGUUGCACUUUAAAUCUUUACUUGAUGAAGGAAGGUUUGUAUGCAUAAAUGCUUUAUAAAACAAAACAUGAGAGAGUUGUUUUUUAGAUUUAAAAAGUCUUAAUGUUUCUGGUUUAAUUUCUCGAUGAGAACUAAGACAUAAGCAUUUAAUUAUGCAGUUACUGGAA